UACACAAUCGAGGCGUAGACCAUAGCAACCAGUGUAAACAGUGCUCUCAUUCCUAACAACAUCGCUCUAUUAAGGUUAAGAGUAAAACAUGGCGUCUAAUAAAGGAUAUCCGCGCUGCGACGUGAAGGUGUCUGAGGAGGAGCGGGACUUCAACGAGAUGAAGAAUAGAGCUUGCGAGUUUUAUACCCGUAACAAAGUUCCCCAGCAGAUAGAGAACGUGUUGAACGAAAUGUUCUUCGCCAAACCCGACGACAUUUACGGCUACCUGGCCAAUUUCUUUAUGAAACUGUCAGCCCCGCCGAGGAUAAGCGGGCUGAAUGGCAGGGAGGUCUACGAUUCUCAAGGACAGCUUGCCGUCCAAGCAGAGGUGAUGUGCACCAUCCGGAACGAACAAAAGCUGACGUCGUGUGCUGGCGUCCCGGCUGGCAACGAUCAGUGGAGAAUGCAGGGCCCCGACUUGGGGAAGGGGAGGGCCCACCACAUCACCACUGGCCUUGAGUGGAUCAAAGGGCCCCUGAGCGAGUUGCUCAAGGGCUGCGACCCCUGCGAUCAGACGGGGGUUGAUAACACACUCAGUGACUUCUUCUCAGCACGUCACCAGGAGGACAAGGAGACCAGGAGGUCGCAGGAGGAGAAAAACAAGGAGGCGGAGGAAGAGGCUCUUCCACCACCACCACCUCCACCUGUCUCCAGCAAAGGCAAGAAGGCUGGGGAGACAGCUACAAAGGGCGCCAGUGCAGAGAAGCUCAUCCCUCCGUGCGUGCCACCAGAGCCGGAGGUCCCUGGCAGCCUGGCCGUGGGUGCCGUGUCCCUGGCCGUGGCUAAAAGUGGGGCACUGAUACGGGACGUCCCUCUCUACAAACACAUCCUCGCCCUGAGAAGUCAGAGUGAGUUCCGGGUACCAGUGCCCUUGGUGACGUUGCUGAGCUGCGGUAAAUCCUCUCCAGGCAAACUGAACUUGUUGGAGGAAGUCAUCCUCAUCCCCAGACCAGGACAACGCGUCGCACAAGUGAUUUCCAUGGCCCUCCAGAUCCACGAAGAGUUGAUGAGAAUAAUGAAUAGCAGUACGUCAAAAGCCGGGCAGCCCACGCAGGCGGGCCCAAUGAGCGAGGCGGGCGCGCCGGUCCUGGUUUGCGAGCGGCCAGAGCAGGCCCUUGAUCUCGUGGUGGAGGCGUGCGGCAACCUUGGGCUGACACCGGGCGAAGAGAUCCGUCUGGCGUUGAACUGCGCGGCUGAUCGGCUCAUGGACUACUCCAAGGGGAAGUAUGAGGUGAUCGCGGGGAGCCUCAAGUCUCCAGAUGAGCUGGUGGAUAUGUACCAGGCUCUGCUCCUAAAGUACCCAGCCGUGGCGGCCCUCAUCCAGCCCCUCAGGAAGGAGGAUGUCGACCAAUGGGAGAGGCUGAGCUCUGUUAUUGGAGCGUCCUGCUCCCUGCUCUGUGACAUGAGUGGUUUGUCAGCAUCUCGAGCCCCGCCCCCUGCCCUCCCAGGGGUGAAAGGUCAAGUUCUGCAGCAGGUGAAUGGGACCAAAGUGAGCGACCUCAUUCGAAUCAUGGUGGAAAACCCUGAUGCAGUGAUCCUGUCGAGCUCACACAGCGAGCCGUGCGGCGAGGACUGUCUCUCAGACCUAGCGGUGGGGCUGGGCGUGGCCUACGUCAGGCUGGGAGGUCUGCAGGGUGGACACAGGCUCGCUAAAUACAACCGCCUGAUUGCCAUAGAAGAAGAGCUGGCGCAGCAGGGAGCCCUGGUGUCCCGGACCACGCUGCCUGCUCCCCUGUGUGUGAGAGUUAACAUAGAAGACGCAGGCAUCAGUGAGGAGCUUUAAGAUGGACGAGUCUUCUCCUUUUACGUGUUUGCACAAAAGACAUUUCACCAGAUUCUUAUUAAAAUGCACCAUUUCUCAAUACAUGUGAUUAUUUGUUUUGUGCAAGGAAAGUACUGUAGUUAUGCAGUUAAGUGCAAGUGUAGGUCAAGCACUCCUUUUAGAAAUGCGAGUGCAUUUCAUUAUACCAACAAAGUCAAUUUUUUUGGGUUGCGACAUGCCCUGUCGAGACUGAAGGAAAUUAAUGUAUUUUACACUUACAAACACACAGCAGGUUUUUCAAAGAUCUUUGAAAUACAAGCGAAGAGCCGAGAAACCUGUGCUUAACAGCAACGUAUUAGUGUGUGAUGAACACCUGUGUGCACCUUGGCCUUGUGGAGAGAGAGAGAGACACAGACAGACAGGCAGGCAGGCAGGCAGGCAGGCAGACAGACAGACAGACAGACAGACAUGAUCGAUGCCCCAGCAGGUGCAGAGCCAUCGGCUGAUGACUGCAGACAAUCAAAGGCUCUCCCGGGGCCCAGGCUGGGAGUGCUGAACAAGUGGUCGGCCAUUUGUUAUCUGCCUUCUUU